AAAAAAAAAAAAAUCCUCUUUUGUUUUUCUCAUUUUACAUACAAUUUCAUUCCUUUAGUGUUGGAAAAUAGUAAAUCCUGUAGAUUUUAAUUUGAGUUUAUCUUUUAUAAGUAGUUUAUAGUAUUUUUCUCCAUGAAAUUUUGGUGAAAAGUCAUAAAGUUUUUUUUUUUUUCCCAUUAUAUGUCUAAAAAAAACAUCCUCCAUUGGCAUAGAAGCUGAGAAGGCUGCUGUCAAAUACAGAGAGGAGAAGAGAAAAACAAAAAAAAACCCAAAAGCAAUUCCACAAACUAAAAAAAAAAAAAAAAAAAAAAAAAAAGUUGUGAUUUGGUAAACAAAAGAUCAAUUUUUUGGUUUCUUCGUUUGAAAUUAACAAACAAACAAAAUAAAAGACUUGGGAUUGAGAAGGUGAAGAAGUUUCAAGCUUUUUUUUUUAGCUCUCUUCCAUGGCGUAAGAUGAUUCACUUCCUCAAAGUUUGUAUCUUUUUUAACAUCUGAUCAAAGGAGGGUUUCGGGUUUUGCUUUUGGAUUUGAAGGGUUUGCUUUCUGAUUGUUAAAGUUUCAAUCUUUUUUUUUUAGUUGUGAAAUUUGGGUUUAGAUGGUGUGAAGGGGUUUAUAGGGUUUGUGUGUUUGAUUAUGUGGAUGGCUACUCGAUCUAAUUCUGGGUUCGAGUCUUUGAAUUCUAUGAUGAGCCGUCACGCUUUUAAUUUCCAAACUAACAACUCUUCUGAGAUGAUUCCUAUGGGUCCUUACUUGGGGAUGAGUAUGAUCAAUGCUGCUACUUCUCCUGGAAGUUCUUCGAAUCCUCUUGAUUUAGUUUCUGGUCCCAAGCAGAAAGAGAAGAAAAUCAGAAGAAUUUAAUUGUGGAAGAAGAACAAGUUCUAGCAAGGACAAGCAGGUGGAAUCGUCUUCUAAGUCGAGCAUACCCUCUGUUUUGCCUCAUAACAUGGCUUCGUACCCUUUCUCAAUGCCCUCUACAAGCUCCAGUAAACAAAUUACAUGUGAAGAUUUAAGUGGUUAUGCAAGAAAUCUCUUAGACCAGAAUGUUCGAGCUUUUAGUCAAAUUAGAGCUAAUCUCUCCUCGUAUAAUGUAGAGGAUAACCUAGAUCUCUUUCGUCAGGCAAGGAACAACCUUAUCACCAUCCAAGAUGACAUGAAAAAUAUGCCUUGCUUGAUGGCACCAUUGCCCACAAUCAAUGAUGAUCUCUCGGUGUUGUCAUUCAACUCAAUGCAAAGUGAUGGCUUCCACUCGAAGCAGGAGCCUUUGGGGUGACAUAAGGAAAUCAUCUGGUUUCCCUUAAUUAUCUGUAAAUUAUCUUGAAGAAGCUGGAGGAGACACAAAAAAAGCUCAUCACAUGUUGGGAAGUUUGUAGAAAUGUUAUUCUUUCGUAACAUCAACGAUCUUUAUUAAUGCUGCGUCGGAUGUUGAAACAGGACAUAAAUAUAAAGAAUGGAUGGGUUCAAUUAGGUGCCAAACUAAAAACCCUCUUUAACUAGGUUUCUAUUAGAUCAAUUUGGUUCAAUUAAUGUCUUGGACGAUUUCUAAACCAUAUGUAUAAAAAGGAUUCUAUUGCAAAGAUAGAGAAGAGCGUGUUGAGGUUUG